AACCCGUCACGAUUCGUCUGGAUUCGUCGGUAGGCUAUUGUCUACAUACAGAAUGGCGUUUAACUUGGCCGCUCUUUCGUACAUUGUCGCGUUAAUUGGUGACGCGUUUCUAAUAUUCUUUGCGAUAUUCCACGUAAUCACGUUCGACGAGUUGAAAACUGGUUACAAAAAUCCGAUCGAUCAAUGUAAUAAUUUGAAUCCGCUUGUCCUACCAGAGUAUAUAUUGCACGUUGUGAUCAACCUUUUGUUUCUGAUUGGUGAGCAAUACUUUUCACUGUUCAUCAAUAUCCCGCUCAUAGCGUAUCAUGUGUGGCGAUACAUGAACAGACCUCUGAUGACAGAAUCGGGCCUGUAUGAUCCUACAAGCAUAAUGAAUGCUUACGACCUAUCCAUGUAUCACAGAGAAGGCUGGAUCAAACUAGCAUUUUACCUUUUGUCGUUUUUCUAUUAUCUCUAUGGAAUGAUCAGUUCGUUGAUCAAUUGAAAUAAGUAACCAUUAAAAUCUGUAAUAAUUUUUCAUUUCUUCCGCACAACUGUUUGAUAUAAUGGUUGCGAUGUUACGAUAUAUAAGUGACACUUGAACUGAUUUACAGUCAUGGUGGAGUUUUGUAACAAUACAGGAUAAAGACUCUGUCAUCUAUCUAGUAUCUAGAUAAACUAUAUAAUCCCCCCCCCCACACACACACACACACACACAUUUAAUUAUAAAUUCAUACAGACAAAAGUAUUAAGCAUACAUCAUAUAUUUUUAGAAACAUUUUUGACCAGAGAAAAUUAAAACAAAUUAAUAUGCAAAUAAAGUUUUGUUUUAAGAAUUCUUUAAACUUGCGUAUAAUAUUAGAAACUAAUAAAAAACAAUACAGAUAAAAGAAUUCCAGAUAAAUAAAAAUUAUGGAUUUCUAAUGCUUUUGGCUAAUAUUGUGUGUGUGUAUGUGUGUGUGUGUGUGUGUGUGUGUGUGUGUGUGUGUGUGUGUGUGUGUGUGUGUGUAAGAAACUUGGACAUUUUUUGAAAAUACCUAUGUACAAUAUUAUACUUAAGAUCUAGGUAUGGAUAAAGAUUAAAUGUAUUUUGAAUUAAAUCGAAUUAAAAAAUCAAUUAUUUGCACUUGGCAUACAAAGCUGAAUAUUUGUGAAUGAAUAAACAAAUAAAAGUUAAUAUCGUUUAUUAAUUAAUAUCAUUCAUAUUUCGACAAGAGUAAUUUGUAACUCAAUUUCAAUACAAUAUAAUAGCUUUUGAUACCUUUGUAUAUGUUUUUUUCUCCUUUUAAAUGUAUGUAUGAUGUUUGGAUAGGCGUAUAUCUUGAUUAUCUUUUUAUAUGUAUUAUAAUAUGAAAUAUGAUACUUAUACUGCAAUUGUAAAUAAAAAAGUGAAAUAAAUGUACAAUUAUCAACUGUA